AUGAAGAAGGUCACAAUCGUCGCCUGCUCCCACGAAUUCCCCAUCGAAAUCAGCGAUCGAGAGCCCGUCCUCGAGAUCAAGCGCAAGAUGGAGCAGCUCCUCGGCGUCCCGGUUCCGGCACAGACGCUGUCCAUCUUCGGCUGGGAGCUAAUCGACGGGCUCGACAUGGAAGACUACCCAAUCGUCACCCACGGCACCAGAAUCGACCUCACCGUCAAACCAACCAGCAAGAAGAUCCCCAUCACCGUCAAGCUCCCGUCCCGCCACGUCACCACCGUCGAGGUCGACACGUCGGACACCGUCAGAAGCCUCAAGGAGAAGAUCCACGUGGUCGCGGCCCCUAGUAGUGGUACUACUCGGAUGUCGCUCUUCUACUCAGGGGUGGAGCUGGAGGACGAUUUCCGGAACCUGAGCGAGUACGGGGUCCACGAGUUUGCGGAGAUAGUGGUGUUUGUUAAGCCCAUGGGCCGGCCCAAGGGAGGAGGAGGGGGAAUGGGCCGGGAGGCUAGUGGUGGGCCUGGGGAUAGGGCUUUGAGGUUGGUAGUGCAGACGGCGUCGUGUUUGCUGAACGGUGCGUCGAUUCCGGUGGAGCUGGAGGAUUCGAGUACUGUGAGUGAUCUGAGGGAGCUUCUGUUGAGGAGUAAGAGCGGGCUUCCUAGGGAUGAUUACAUUUUCAUACAUAGGCAGAGGAUAAUGAGGGAGAAUUGCAGCUUGAGGUGGCAUGGUGUUCAGAAUGGUGAGGUUGUUUAUGUGUUCAAAGGGACAGUUAGCCGUGCCGGGAAUUGA